GCAAAACAAAAAUCAGAAAUUAAAAGUAAGGUUUCUAACGUCGUAGACUCAGACCAAGAUUUUGAUGUUGUAGAAGAAGAUGAAUUCUCCGUUUAGUUCCAAGAAUCUAAGACGCUUUUCAAAAUCCAUCACUUGCAAAUGCCUUGUUCUCGUUGGCAUUGCUCUGUUCUUCAGAGCUCUGUUUCUCUCUUACUCCACCAGAAACAGUAGCUUCUUGUUUCGAGCCCGUUACAUGUCAGAUUCCUCCUCAACAGCCCACAAGUUCCUCGAGGUUCCUCAGAUCGUAUGGGGACUGAACAACCAGAAGAUAGCUUUCGCGAGAGCUUGCUUGACCGCAAGAACAAUGAACAGAACGCUUCUCAUGCCUAGCCUAAGCGCUUCCUUGUUCUACAAGGAAGUAGACAAGCUCCGUCCCAUCCCCUUCGAUAAAGUCUUCCAGUUCGAAAGAUUCAACUCUCUGUGCAACGGAUUCGUGCGGCUCGCUCGGUUCUCCGACGUUAGAAACAGAACACAUUCGUUUGACCUAGAGAAAGGUAGCGGAAGAAGAUGGACGGUGGAGAGAGACUUGGAACAGCUGAAACAGUUCGCAACUAAUGAGUUUGAAGUGGUCCGUGUUGUAGGGAAGAACCCGUUCUUGUGGCAUGAUCACUGGCCUGUUAAGGACUAUGCUAAGGUCUUUGAGUGUAUGGUUGUGGUUGAUGAGAUCUCGAGAGAAGCAGAUAAAGUGGUGAAGAGAAUCAGACAAGGAGGGGGAGAUAAUAGAAUCAUGACGGGUCUUGUCCCUUUUGUUGCGGUUCACAUGAGGAUAGAGAUAGAUUGGAUGAUACAUUGUAAGAAGCUAGAGCAAAGGCUAAAGGUUUCAGAGAUUUGUAGUAGUAAAAGAGAGAUUAUGGAGAGAGUAGGGAACAUAUCUGGUUUAAAGACUCCAACAGUUCUUUACCUAGCAGUAGCUGAUAGUCUCUUAGAUGAAGAAUCAUCGGUCUUAACCGGUUGGAGAGACGGUUUAGUACCUUUUGAGAAGAAGAAGCUUGGGGUUAAAGAGGAGGUUUAUGGGAAAUAUUCUUAUUUGAUACAGUCUGCUAUAGAUUACGAGGUGUGUUUAAGAGCUGAUGUGUUUGUUGGUAAUAGCUUUUCGACUUUCUCUAGUCUCAUUGUUCUUGAGAGGACUCAGAAGAUGAGAAGGUUAGGGUUUACUAGUGCUUGUGAAGAUGGUGAGAACGAGUGGAGAUCAUAUGCAUAUAAUCUUGCUGGAGGAUCAAAGGGAGUUCCAAGGAGAUGGAUGACUAAUAUGACUCAUUCUAGUUUGGAGGCUAUUAGCUAUGGCUCUAGUUCUGUUUCUUGUUCAAGUGAGUGAAGUUGUGAAACUUUAGAGUUAGGUUUUGGUCUUUUUAUACAAUUCUUUUUUUUUUUUUGUGGUACAAAGUUGUGUAGUUACGUCUUAGAUCUUUCCUUCACUUUGUUCUUUAAUUCUGACUUCUACUG